GUUGGCUCUGUGCUCGGUGAUGUGCCUGGUCUCUACCCUGGUCAAUAUCCAGGCCUGGAUAGCAUGGUGACACAUGCUGCAGCUAUCAACAUGUCAUUCUGGAAUCAAGCUGAAUCCAGUACACAGACCUUGGUGGACCAAGCAGUGGCAGCUGCAGCAACAGCCCAACAUACGAGCGACCAAAUAAACAGUAUCUACAAUAGCACCAAGCCACACGGUGAAGCUGCACUGGAGGCUAUACGGGAUUAUGAUCAAGUCGUCAGUGAUACCGACCAGGCAAUGCUGAGAACACGGCAAGCACAGCUAGCUACCAACCAAGCUCAGGAACUGACUCAGAACAUAUCAUCACGAGACCUGGUGGACAUGAGCAGUACAUCGCUCACGCAGAGUCAGCAGCUAACCAUCCACGCCAAGGACCUGAACACCACUGUCACUGGUUUGGGAGAGAUCCUUACGUCUGCUGAGUCAAACUUAGAGACAUUGUUUGAUCAGGAAGGCAUGCUGCGCAAUGCCACCGAUACGUGUGCCGCACGGAUAUGGAGUUUGAGCACCUGGGAGCGUGCCGAUAGCGCUCCCCUACAAUCAGCUCUACAGUGCAGCAGAGAUGGUGCUGCUGAUAUCCAGCAACGCUCCCGUACAGUCUUGACGUCAGCAGCCAUUGCAAGCGCGGUCGUAUCUGAACUCAGCGACGUCACCAGCAAUGUCACGGCCACUGUUGACGAACUUGAGAGAACGGUUCCACAACUGAGCAUCAACGUCCAGGAUCGGCUAGACAACCUCACCGCUGUACAAGCUCUUGAUAAGAAUGUGGCUGACAAGCAGGCUGCCCUCACCACCUCACUGGCAGCGCUACGUGAACAGCUGAUGCGUGCGAGAAGCAUAGCCCAGCAAGUGCAGACGUCAUUGGAGUUUCAGCCGAACACCAGUGUGUCGCUGGUACCGCCUGCCUCCGUCGAUCCACAGUACAACUCAAUCUCCCUGUACUUUCGCACGACCAGCUCAAAUGGUCUUCUCCUGUACAGCACCACUGAGUCCAGAUCUGUGACAUCAGCAAGGGACUAUCUGGCACUGGAGGUAGAGCAGAGUCAUGUGAAGUUCUCCAUCGGUCUGGCCGGCAGUGUUAUGCAGCUGCAGGACACCCAGACGGUAUCCGAUGGCCUCUGGUAUCACGUUCUGGCCUCCAGGCAUCUUCACAAUGCUGGCCUGUCUGUGACGGAUGCAUUUAGCAACUCCACAAGCAACUACGGCCGCCUGCAGAAUGUCAACAGUUCCCUGGCGCUCUCCUCUCUAACCUCCUUGAUACAUGUCGGAGGGAUUCCGGAUGAGAUCGACACUGGAAAUGAAGUGAGCAACCGUGAUUUCGUCGGCUGCCUGGACAACGUCUUCUACUCCGAAUCCGAGCUGUACCUACUCGCACCAAACUCGUCUCGUGGUGUGCUCCGAGCGUGUGGAACUCGGCCCGAUGGUACACCAAGCCCCACGUCUGGUUCACUGUUUGGUGGCACUGGCUAUCAACUGCACACACUGGCAUCCGGCAGUGACAGCGUUCUGCCAGAGGUCUACUUUGAAUUCCGCACCACGCAGAGGAAUCGCCUGCUUUUCUACAUGCAGAAUUCGGACGCAAGCCACUACCUUGCUCUCUGGGUUAGCAAUAGUCUCCUGGUAGGGGAGGUUCGCUGUGGCGGCGCCUCUGUGCCAUCUGAGCUCUCUGGUGAGAUGGUAGUGACAGGUGAUUGGGUGAACGUUCGCCUGCGUCCCAAUGGCACGACGUGCUCGGUUCUGGCAAACAUCGGCUCCUCUAUUCGACUGAUUGGUGAUGCAAGCAGCUCAGGGCCAUUGCUUGUAAAUGGUGACGUUUACCUUGGUGGAGUGCCCACAUCUGUGAGCUUGCAACUGCCAGCGGCUGGUACCGGUUCGUUUUCCGGCUGUAUUCGUAACGUCAACUAUGAUCACCAGGUGGUUCUCUUGAGCAAUGCCACAACCCAGGAAGACACAUACUAUGAUCAGUGCCCGGUCACUUCUACGGUUGGUCUGUACUUUCUGGGUGGUGGAUACGCCACACUGUCCUAUGCCAGCAGCAUGCCCAGCUUCGCAGGCCUGCAGCUGCGCUUCAAGACCACGCAGCUCAGCGCAGUGCUGGCACAUCUGCCGGGACGGUCGAUGCAAACGCCGACGAUGACGUCUCCGCCUGACGAUGACGCGGCUCUGUACGUGUACCUGUUCAACAGCCGCGUCCUGGUGACCGUAUCGUCCGGUUCUCAAACCGUCGCCUACAUCAGUUUGGCUAGUUCCACUGGUGUUGCGUACAACGACAAUCGAUUCCAUCACAUGGACAUUGGCCAUAACGGAACGCACUUAUCGCUGGUGGUCGACAACGUGCCGGCAGACCCAGUUUUGAUCUCCACAAUCCGCGUGAAUGCCCUGUACUUGGGCAAUGUUGCAAUCAGCAAUGACACCGACCGCAGCAUAGCAUCGAGCACAACAUUCAACGGCUGCAUGGGAGGUGUAGAGUUCAACAACCAAGAUCUGAACUCCACUAGCUUUUCUACUUCACGGGUGUCUCAGCAUGGAUGUUCUGUGGAAGAAGCUCCUUUGCCAACAACUCAACCUCCAACUACAAUGCCAAUAACAACACCGACCACCACACCGACCACUGAACCAACAACCACACCGACCACCACACCAACCACAACACCAACUACUACCCCCACCACCACACCAACCACCACACCAACCACCGCACCAACCACCACACCAACCACCACACCAACCACCACACCAACCACCACACCAACCACCACCCCAACCACCACCCCAACCACCACCCCAACCACCACACCAACAACCACUCCAACCACCACACCGACCACUAGCCCAACCACCACCCCAACCACCACACCAACAACGAUUGCUACCACUAUGUCAGUUACUACAGAACAAAGUGGUAGCGGUUCUGGAGAUGAAGAAACUCCUCAGGUAACAACAGAACCACCAACAACUGUUGCAACCACCACCCCAGCAACUACACCAACGACUACCCCCACCACCGCCCCAACCACCACCCCAACCACCACCCCAACCACCACCCCAACCACCACCCCAACCACCACCCCAACCACCACCCCAACCACUACUCCAACAACCACACCAACCACUACUCCAACAACCACACCAACGACUACGCCAACCACCACACCAACCACCACACCAACCACCACACCAACCACCACACCAACCACUACACCGACAACUACACCAACCACAACACCAACCACCACACCAACCACCACACCGACCACCACACCGACAACCACACCAACAACUACCCCAACGACCACACCAACCACUACCCCAAUGACCACACCAACCACCACACCAACCACCACACCGACCACUACCCCGACCACUACACCAACCACCACACCCACCACCACACCGACAACCAUACCAACAACUACCCCAACGACCACACCAACCACUACUCCAACUACCACACCAACCACUUCCCCGACCACUACACCAACGACUACGCCAACCACCACACCAACCACCACACCAACCACCACACCGACAACCACACCAACCACAACACCAACCACCACACCAACCACCACACCAACCACCACACCGACCACCACACCGACAACCACACCAACAACUACCCCAACGACCACACCAACCACUACCCCAACGACCACACCAACCACCACACCAACCACCACACCGACCACUACCCCGACCACUACACCAACCACCACACCCACCACCACACCGACAACCAUACCAACAACUACCCCAACGACCACACCAACCACUACUCCAACGACCACACCAACCACUACCCCGACCACUGCACCUACCACUACCCCGACCACUGCACCUACCACCACACCGACUGCCAGUGUUGUGCCAAGCACUCCUCCGAUACCUACACAGCCAGGUGAUGAGGACUCUGGAUCUGGCUCUGGUGAUGAAACUAUUCAAACAGUCUUACCAACUACACAAGCUACCACAACCCCAACUACCAUACCAACCACUGCACCCACAACCACACCGACCACCACACCGACCACCACACCAACCACCGUACCAACCACCACACCAACCACCACGCCAACCACUACCCCAACAACUACCCCAACCACCAUACCAACCACCACGCCAACCACUACCCCAACAACUACCCCAACCACCAUACCAACCACCACACCAACCACCUCUCCAACAACUCUCCCCACGACAGUGCCAACAAGUGCGCCUACAGAGCCCGGCCCUACCACAUCACCUCUGCCCACGACACCAGCGAUGUCUUGUGCUGUGCCACAACCCGCUUCAUUGGACCCAUCGAUGGCUAUCAUCCGGUCCAACUCCACAUCCUCUUACCUACAGUAUGACCGUACUCGUCGUGAAUAUGAGAAGUUCUCAGUGCAUCAAAACAGGAUGACGAUGGUGAUCGAGUUCCGAACUGUGGAGCGCUACGGUGUUCUAUUCUACAUCUCUGACGGCAGUGCUUCUCAUAAUGAUUUCAUGGGUGCGCAGCUAGUGAAUGGACAAGUUGAGUUCAGUUUCGACUGUGGUAGUGGUCAGGCGCUGAUUACGACGACUAAGAAAUACAACGAUGGCCAGUGGCACACGAUGACGGUUAUGCGCAAUGACAGGACAGGAAUUCUGAUGAUGGACAACGAACCGCCAAUAACUGGCAGUUCCGGAGGAACUCUCAUCGGUCUCAAUCUGGGCUUCAAUCCGCUGUACAUUGCUGGCAUGCCCCCGGGCGUGGUACCAGUCAGAAUCGGAGUUCGUCCGGAUAACUUUGGCCUGAAAGCGUGCUUCCGAAGAGUUGUCAUCAAUAACUAUAACGUGAAUCUCAGAGCGGCUAACGCCAGCAGUGGUUUCUCACAGUGCUACACCAGGCUUCAGCAGGGCACGGCGUUCCCAGGUAACGGUUACAUCACACUCUUCACGUCCUACCAGCCCGGUGUCGUGUUCCGUGCUGACCUGGAGUUCCGCACGUUCUCCCGCAACGGCCUGCUGAUGUACUACCGGCUGGCCGGAUCACGUGACCACCUUGAGCUGGAGCUACGAGAAGGAACUUUGGAGUUCACGUUUGACAACGGCCCAGAUCCAGUGGUGAUGACCCACUCACCAGCCACACCAUUCUCUCUUUGUGAUGGCAACUGGCAUAGGGUAUCCAUAAGCAAGGUGGGAGGCUUCGGAAAGCUCACAGUCGACACCAUUUUUGAACAGGAAAAGGCAUCACUUUAUCCAAGAUUUCGCGGUAUCAAUGGUCCAGACACUUUCUAUGUUGGUGGCUUGCCUGCUGGAACCCAGAAGGUUGACAAUAAUCCGGUGGUCAACUUCCAGGGCUGUAUUCGCAACCUAAGCGUCGAUAACGAAGGGCAACCACCGAAGGACAUCGACCUGCAUCAAACAGGCAGGAUAGAAGGAGAUGUGAGCUUAGAAGGCUGUUUGUUUUAGCACCAUGCUCUUCAAAACAGUAUUAUUAUCUAGAUAGAAUGUCCUGAACCAGCCAUUUAGUUUAUCAUGCAUGUCACUAUGACAAUGACUUUUGAGAAGAGGUCAAUUGUUUGACUUGCUCAACUAUUCACUUUGUUUUAGAUGAUUCAGUGCAGAAUUUUCUGAUGGCAAUACAACGUUGUAUUCUUGUCUUAAAUUUCCUAAACUUGAUGAAAUCUCCAACCGUCACUCUUUCUUUGUUACGGUUUCCAUGCUGAUUCCAAUACUUUCCGGCAUCUCACUGAAAUAUUAUGUCGAAACAUCUAAAUUGAAGGACCAGUAA